AUGAAAGAUCUGGAGGUAGCAGGCCUGACCCUGAAGUCUUCCCCGGAGGGCGAGUCCCAGAGCCUGGAGCAAUAUUUGAAGCAAUCCUUGCAAAGCUGGUUCCAGUCGGAAUUCCUGAUGGAUUACGACCCGCAGGGCAACCGUCUGUUCUGUAUGAUGUGCGGCUCCUCCCUGCCCAGUUUGAACCUGGACGACAUCAAGCGCCACGUGAUGGAUGCGCACCCCACUUCCCUGGGCUUCAGCCCCGCGGAGAAGGGGGCCAUCCUGGAGGCCUGGAACUCUCGGGAGCUGGCGCUGGGAGCCGAGGGGAGAAAUGAAGAGGACGCAGAAACCGGCCUGUCUGCGCAACAGGAUCUGAACACGAAAGAGUUGGACUCAUCGGCUUCCCCAGAUCACCCCAUGGCAGAGGAGGGGAUGGACGAGGCCGGCCCGUGGGACUCGGAAGAGAACAGCCCCCGCAUUCCGGCACGCGGCCGAGACCACCGUCGCUACUUCCAGGAACACUGGAGAGUGGAGUACUUAAUGGACUACAACGGGGUGCGCCACGGGCUGGUGUGCAUGGUCUGCGGGAGCACCCUGGCCACGCUCAAGAUGAGCACCAUCAAGAGGCACAUUCAACAGAAGCAUCCCGACUCUACACAACUUAGCCACCAGGUCAAGGCGCUCAUCGUGCAGGAGUGGAAUCAGAAAGUGGCCCGCCUGGCGGAUGCCGACGACUCGCAGCCCGAAACAGAUGCUGAGAUGGACCAAGCCGAAUCGCGGCGUGUUUACAAGCCACCUGCAUCUCCCGAGGAUCCUCCAGAGGGUUGGGCCUCUCCUAAGCGGGAAGAAGAUACCCCCGGAGCAGACAGGCUGGCCCUGCCCCAGCCAUCCCCGGGGGCUGCCUCCACGCCAGUCGGGACCCUGUCUCGGCGGAGUCAGCGUCGAAACUACCAGCCCCGCUGGCGGGUGCAGUACCUGAUGGACUACGACGAGCAGAAACACGGCUUGAUCUGCAUGGUGUGUGGGGGCACGCUGGCCACCCUCAAAGUCAGCACCAUCAAACGCCACAUCCUCCAGGUGCAUCGCUUCUCUCUGGAGUACACCGAGCUGGAGAAACAGACAAUCCUCGAAGCUUACAGCGAAAACGACCGAGUUUCCGGUGGCAGGGAGCCGGGUCCAAAGGCGCCCGCUGUCAACUCCGAAACUCAGGAGGUUAAGCCAAAGGUGGAAGAGGCAAAGAAGAUGGCGUUGGAUUACAAGCUGUCUUUUGUGCGGUUUAGCCCUGGCUCUGAACAGUCAGGGAAACAGUGA